UGAUCCCUGGGAGAGUUGGUUUAAGGGAAGAGCUGCUACAUUGACUUCAAUAGCACUCAAGAGAACAGACAGGUUCUUCCUUUGGGGUGGGGAGGUAGUCGUCUCUUCCUGAAAAGGAAGCAAGGAAACAAAUAGCUAAUAUACAGAUAUAGAGAGAUUUUAAAGUAAAGGAUGCACUGGAAGACUUUGCUACUGCUGCUUUUCUAUUAUAAUGCUCACGCCACUGUGAGCCCGAGGUGGAACAGAGCCAUGCUUUUCCCAGAUGCUCAGCGGUUUAAGAGAUGGUCGUCAUCUGCCCCCAUGAGCCCGGUGCUGCAGAACUCGCUGGAUGAUGUGAACAUGCUUUUUGAGUUUCUUUUAGCUGAGAUUGAAAUUGACAGAAAUCUGAGGAUCUCCAUAAAAGAUGAGGAGCUGGCUUCGCUGAGGAAGGCCAAAGAAUUUGACACUGUCUGCAAUGACAUUAUCCCCAAGAGCAUCACAGAGAUUCGUCGGCUGAGUGCCAGGCUGUCUGACUACCCGAGGGUCCUAAAGAAAGAAGAUUUUGAAAGGACAGUGUUGACCAUGGUCUACACAGCCUACAGGGCAGCUCGAUCUCGGAUGCACCAGAAAGACUCUUGGGCCAAAUCCUUCAUCAGUCUCUACAAGGCCCUGAAACAGGACUUGAUGUUCUCAUACAGCAAAAAGCCAUUGCAUUGAAGGAGUUUAUACACCAAGAAUGCAACAAGCUCUGCUGAGAAGGGGACACAUAGCACGUCCACCACUUUAUUCUGUAAACAAUUUAAGUCUACGCGUAGAUAAGGAUUCUUUAUUCUCUAGCUCCCCCUAGUGGGAUCCUGUCAUAGAAACACGUUAAACAGGAAAAACAUCUUGUAUGCUUCAGUCCCUGGCAUCCAUUCUCAUGUGGGCAAAGAAGAAUGUUUUAUUACUGAGGUAGAAGGGAAUAUUUAUAUUAUAUAUACAUAUUUAAAGUUAUUCCCAAAGGAUGAAGGAAGGGCACGUUCAUCUGGGAAGUUUGGGAGGAAGUUUUAGAAACCCGUUUCCUGUUUUGGAAAGUAGUAAAUAUUUUGAAGUUGCAUUAAACAAGUCCAUCCCUGUUGUAAUAUCAACAAAGUUGAUGGCUUUAUGUCUGGGAUGAUUUGGGCUUGUUCUGUCUUGGGGGUGAAGGGAAGUAUGCUCUGGUAACUAGUUUGCAAAGCAAACUCAGAAGGAGAAUGUGCUGGGGAAUGCUACCUUCCUGGCUAGAAAAAAAGAUGAUAGUUUUUCUGCCACCUAAUGGGGUGUAAAGAGAGAGCGAGAGAGAUACAGGCCCACUAUAAAAUGAAGAAGAGUCAUGGCAAUUAGAGCUUGGAGGCUAUGGCAAGAGUAAAAUCAUCAAUAUUCUUAUAAAUCAAACUGGCUGACUCGCUUCCCAAGUAUUGGCAACCUAUUUUGAUCUCUUGUUCACAUACAUUGUGUUGAGCCAGUUUUUAUUUACAAGAAUGUUUGUUUGUGGAAGGACACAUAGCUAUUUGUGUGUGCAUUCUCCCCAGAAGAGCUCUCACAGCCAGUCUAUAAAGGUCCUUCCAUUAUUUGCACAUGGCUCUGAGCCUGCAACUAUCUGUCCAUGUGGAGUCAACUGCAGGAUCAGAGCCUAAAUUAAUUUAACAAUUGCACAUUUUUCAGCUUGUCCCUAUAACUCAAAGUCUCUGAACCAGGCUCCUGGUUCGGAACAUCCCUGAACUUUGUGAAGGGUGUAAAAAAUCAAGACUUUUAUGGAUAAUUCAUGGACAGAGGAAAGGUAUUCAUCAGAUAAAUUAUUUGCAAUGAACAGGUCAACCUGUUCUAGUGACAAUGUCCUAAGAUUUAAAACAGGUUAUACUAAUGCUGUUUAUCUACCUAUGUCCGAUAUUUUUAGCAUGUCCCACUAUAGUAUCUGAGCACUUCUGAAAAGCUGUUUCCCCUUCAAUAUUUGAACCUGUGCUCUCUCUCACUGACUCUCACACACUACACUCAGUCUUUCUCUCUCUAAUCAUCCACUUUACUUCAUUGUCUAAAGUGUAUAAAUAGAGACAGGCCCAAACCAAAACCGGCAAGGGAAAUAGUUUGGAUUUUAAGGGCCAGACUCUGAGCCCCACGCUUCUCCUUUUGCAUCACUCAGGUAGUACAAAAAGAGCAGAAAUCGCCUGCAAGUCCCUUAUUGUGGGGAUAUUCCACUAGGUGGGUGAUUUCCCAGUAAAUGUGGAGCCAGCAAAGCCACCUCCUACACUUCCCUCUCUCCAGCUUGCAGUCAAGGGCAAGCAGGGGGAGUUAUCAGAGCCCAGUCCUCAGCUGGUGUUUGACCAUUGCCUGCUGGUGCUCUUUAGAGUUUUCCAAAGUUAUAAACAACUGAAAAUAGGGUUUUAUAAUGGCAAGUCUGAGGCAUCUUUAACAACAGGUGUAGCUAAUUGUGUCCGUGUGUGAAAGAGUAUUCAUACUCAAAAACACCAUGUUGUGCAUCCUUUAAAACUAGCCUACACUUAACACAUCUAACAGAAACGUUCCAAAUGAAAAGCAAUACAUACCUUCCAUUCCUGCGCCCGGAGCAACACAACUCAUUGCUAGCCAAACUGCCAUAUGAUCUAAUCUUUAUUAAUUAACGCUUCCCCGAAAAGGACGGCAGUCUUCCAGAAUGCCCUUUCCCAAACUCCCACCACCACAAGCAGGCCAGCAGAUGUCCCACAUGUACUGUCUCUUCUGCACUGUUCUGGGAAACCACCCUCAGAUAUUUCACAAUCUUGCAGAUUACUCUGUUUUUCCAGAGCAGCAUGGAAUGGGAGUAGAGGGGAGUGCCCAUAUAUGCCUUUUUUCAGAGUAGCAGCCGUGUUAGUCUGUAUCCGCAAAAAGAAGAAUAUAUAUGCCUUAUUUCUUAAAAGCAAACGCGAACCAUCUGUUUUUUUCCUUUUUAAAAUUACCCUGUCAUUAUAAUUAAUUUGCUCACAGAGGGUAAUUACCAUGAGCGUUCACCCUGCUUUUACUCUGUACUACUAUUCCAUUCCCUAGAGUGACAUCUGCUGGGAGAGACUGGAACUAAAGCAUUCAGGAGCUCCCUCCACAGGCCAGUGGUCCUAUUUUCUUCCCUACUGUGACAACAACCAGGCCUGAGACAGUAAGUUUGAAGUAGAAUUGACUACACAGAGAGGUCUCUCUCACAGUAGGUGGUACUAUACUACAUACAAGGUUUAUCUGCCAGUGAGCAUCAUAAGCUCCUCAGAAAAUGAUCAGUACAAACAUUGCUCAGAACAUCCUACCAUUCCCCGUGGAUUACUGUACUUUACAAAUUAUCUUUAUUUCUUCACUGUUAAAUUAAGUCUUCUCAAUUUUGUUAUCCCCUCCCUUCUGGCCCAAUUUCUGUGAAUAAUGUAACAAAAGAGAAAUACUAUUGUGUCACUCACAUUGCCCAAGUUUAUUUAAUACAGAAUCAUUAAUGAAAUAAUAAAACUAUAAUCGAGAACUACUUGACUGUUUGGUGUAUUUGUUAAAGGAAGUAACUCCACUGAGGAUAUGUGGUAACUUGCAGGUGUAACAUGCCCUUAUUUCAAGAGCUGAUUUGCUAUUUAACUAUCCUGCAGCAUGCUCUCAGUCCCUGGAUAUCUUUCAAUCUGUAGAGCUCCAUCCCCACAAAGCAUAACCAUUAGAGAUGGGCAGGAAAUGGGAUUUCUGUUCAACGGGAAACUCCAGCACUUAGAAACUCAUUUUCAUUUUCAAUUGUUUCAAAAGAUAAACA